AUGGCGACAGCUACCGAGGGGUCGUUCAAGCAUGGCGACGCCAGCUUCUACGCCAAGACCUGGACGCCCGAGGGCCCGAUCAAGGCCAAGCUCGUCUUCGUGCAUGGCUUCAGCGAGCACAUCAACCGCUACAACGACUUCUUCCCCCUGCUGGCGGCGCACGGCAUCCAGGUCUUCUCGUGGGACCAGCGCGGCUGGGGCCGUACCGUCACCAAGCCGUCGGAGCGCGGCCUGACGGGGCCGACGCCUCUGGUCGUCAGCGACGUUGCCGCCUUUGUGCGCGAAAAGCUGGCCGUCGGGUCCGGGGGCGAGGGCGCGCAGCCGCCGCCGCUGUUCGUCAUGGGCCACUCCAUGGGCGGCGGCGAGGUGCUGACCAUGGCGGGCGACGCGCAGUACGCCGAGCUGGUCGGCCAGGUGCGCGGCUGGAUCCUCGAGUGCCCCUUCAUCGGCUUCACCAAGGGCGAGGAGCCCAGCAGCAUCAAGAUCUUCGCCGGGCGCCUCGUCGGCCGCCUGCUGCCCAAGCAGCAGAUGAAGCACGUCGUGCCGCCCGAGCAGCUCAGCCGGGACCCGGCCAUCGUCGAGUCGGUGCGCAACGACCCGCUGUGCCACAACACGGGCACGCUCGAGGGGCUCGCCUCGCUGCUGGACCGGACGGCGCUGCUGUCGUCGGGCCAGGUCAAGCUGGGCAAGCAGGUGCGCAGCGUGCUGCUGGCACACGGCACCGCCGACCAGACCUGCAGCUACGACGCGGCCAUGCAGUUCAUGGAGCGGCAGCGCAGCGUCGAGGACAAGACCUGCAAGUCGUACGAGGGCGCCUACCACCAGUUGCACGCGGAUCACUGCAAGGACGAGUUCGCCAAGGACGUGGUCGACUGGAUCCUUGCGCGGUGCGACGGGAAGCCCUCCCAAGGCGAGGAGGCGCCGCCGCUGGAGUCAAAGCUGUGA